UCCCAGCAGAGUCGGAAUAUGGAGGGUCAACGCGCGCCGUCGAGACCACAAGACCCAAUUAGAAUCGCUAAGCGAACCAAUUCCUCUAGGAGGACCUUCGGGAAGAAGAGGCCUGUCGCUUGUCAGCGCUGCCAUGCCCGGAAAAUAAAGUGCGUCGGCGGAAAUCCUUGUUCCAGCUGCACCUCCGCUGGGUGCGAGAUGCAAUGCAUAUAUGUUGAACGCGACCGGAAAGUUCGUGUUGAUGAGAGCUACUUGGAACAGCUUAUCAGAGAUAGCGAUGAGCUUGGUCGGCAUAAGCUAGGGGAGUCGAACAAUGUUAUCACUGGUGUCCAGGCUCCUGUCGGCUUGCAGACGACAACCUCUACGCCAGACCCGCCCAAGGAUGCCGAUAUGCGAAAUCCGACUAUGAAAUACAAGGCAUGGUUCCAGCCCCAUCACGAGCCGGAUCUUUCCAUAUUUUUAAACGACGUUACAUGCACGGCAUUUGCGACUCGUCUGUGCCAACGGCUCGCUGGUGACGAGAAGUCGGUAGCGCAUAUACCGCGCAUGCAAUGUGCUGAUGAGCCUAUUCUCAACAGUUUCACACAUACUGGAAUGCCGUGGCCGAAUCUUCCUCGAGCGAGGCUACUCGUGAAUACAGCGCUCGGGCACUCAAAUCCGCCGUUCCAUCUGACUCUGCGCAAACGUACCCUGGAUCACCUAGACACUAUCUACCAGAACACGGCUUUCAAUAAUCCAGUCCUUGUCUGCAAAUACUCUGCGCUGUUUGCACUGGGUGAAAUAUGUUCAGUGUCGGGUGGUGGGACAAGUGGUGGGAUUAUCCCCGGCAUAGACUACUAUACAAAAGCUAUCAGCCUAAUACCCAGGUUGCCGGAGAGGCCUAGUAUGGCGCAUAUCGAAGCCCUUGUCAUUCUGUCUUUAUACAGCCAGUUUCUAAACAGAUGGAAUUUCGCCUACACUACGAUCGGAACCGCGCUACGUCUGGCACUCACAGCGGGCCUGAACCACAACAUUCCUCCAGAACAAUGUCCCGAUCCCAUAGCACGAGAAAACAGGGUUCGCCUUUGGUGGACAAUCUACACCUUUGAUCGCUUUUGGAGCCUAAAGCUCGGCCUUCCACUCCUGAUUAAUGCCAGUGAUAUACAUGUUGACUUACCGUCAAAUCUAGGAAUCAACGGCUAUGAGGACGAGUUUAUUGAUGCUUCCUAUCAAGUGGCUUUGAUAGACCUUGCCAAGGUUUCCGGCAAGAUCAUGCAGAAUAUCUACAAUUGGAGGACUUUUGAUCAAAGUUUUGUUCAGCGAGAGCAAAGGACCCUUACUGAGUUGAAGGAGUGGUUGCAAAGGCUGCCUAGCCAGUUCCAACUCCAGACAAGGUCCCACAAUCCAAAAUUCACAGUUUUCAUCCAUCUCCAAUUCAACUACUGCGUGAUACUCGCUAUUCGUCCAAUACUACUCAGCCUCAUUGAUCACACCAGAGAAAAUCCUGGUCGCGAAAUCCUGCAGUCGCCAGCUGUGAUUGCUCUUAGUGAAGCAUGCAUCCACUCCGCACGACAUACUAUGAGCCUCUGCGCUGAUGAAUGGACGAAAGGUUCCCUGCCCGUUUAUGGCUACGCGUUUGCGCAAUAUAUCUUUACAUCGUCUCUAGCUCUGAUCGUUGCAACUUUCCUCCCAGGCGGGUCUUCAGAUGAUCUUGAACACGUCAAUACAUCGUUGGAGAUGCUAAGUUGCCUUGUCGCCAAUGGAAGUAUGGUGGCGCAUGACUUGCUCGUACACCUUCAGAGAGUGCAAACGUGCCUGCAACAGAGCAACCAGCCAUCUCAAUUCUCCUCUGGCUCCCCACAUCAGACACCUCCCGCCCAAUGCCGGAUGUCUAGGCCACACCUCCCUUCAGACCGACCGCAGCAGCCUUUGCUUACUGCACAUACAAUUCCCGACCAGCUUCCUAUAUCUGCGGUCACGGAACUUCAGCCCCCUGCCCAAUCCGAUACGACACCAUACCAGCCUGUGAUGCAGGACUUCCUGGCCCAAUCAGUCAUGGGCAUCGAUUUUCUAGAUUCGAGUGACUUUUCCGAGUUUCUUACAGACUCUUGGCUCAAUGCUCCUCCUCUCUGGGAUGGAAAUUACCCAUGAAUCUAACAUCUCAGCUGUAUGGGUACAAUACCUAGCAUAACCUCUCACCGUCAUAGGGCUGGCGUUAAUUUUAAAAUAAUAUACAUUACUCUAUUUAAAUAAACUCAUUGUUACUUAAAUAUAAUAAUUAUC